AUGAAGGUGAAGGUUGGUGACGUUGUUUUACCUGGAGAUUUAUGUGAAGAAAUAGCAAAUGCUGGCGAAAAAACUAAAGUUAUACUCGGACCAGGAUUGAAAAAGGAAGUCGACGGAAUUUACAUUUCCAAAGCCGGCACUUUGAGAAAACGAGCUCCUAAUACUUAUUGGGUGGACAACUAUCAGAAGAGAUAUAUUCCAGCUCGCGGAGAAAAUGUCAUAGGGAUAGUUGUUCAAAAGGCGGGAGAUGUAUUCAGAGUAGACGUUGGCGGCAGCUGUACGGCAUCGUUAUCUUAUCUAUCCUUCGAAGGCGCUACCAAAAAGAACCGACCUAAAGUGGUGAUUGGAGAUGUAGUCUAUGCCAAAAUGUUGGUAGCCAGCAAGGAUAUGGAACCUGAAAUAGUUUGUGUCGAUUCUCACGGAAAGAAGGGUCGCUUGGGAGUACUGGAAGAUGGUUUUGUGUUUAAAUGUUCAUUAAAUCUAAUUAGAAAGAUAUUAAACCCAGAUUGUCCAUUAAUAAAUUCAUUAAAGAAUCAAUGGCCAUUUGAACUAGCAGCAGGCAUGAAUGGCAGGAUUUGGAUAAAAGCUAACACAUUAAGAGAAACAAUAGCUUUAGGGAAUGCAAUCUUAGGGUCUGAGUACCUCAGUAAUGAUGAGAUCAAGAGCAUGUGCACUAAUAUUGCUGGGAUACUGGCUGGACAUAUUUCAUAA